AUGAAACCUAUCGUUAUUCUCACGCUCGGCAUUACCGUAGUUGUUGCCCAAGUACGAACAAAUCCUUGGUAUUGCAAUGGCGGGACAGAAGGAAAUGGAGGCUGCGAAGCAAAUGGUGGACAUACCUACUGCGUAAGUAUUAGCAUAGAUAAUGAUUAAUUAUGUGUUGUAUACAGACUUAUUCUCAUCUAUAGUGCUAUAAUAGACCCGGUAUAAAGGGGUUCGGAACACCACGAACAACCACCGCUUUUUCCGAGAACUUGGCAGGCGAAACCACAUGCACUAGUGAGAAUACCAAGGGACAGAUUAAAUGCGCUCCAUAG